AUGGAUUACCUCAAGGACAAAGCCAAUAAAGCGGUUGAAACAGUCCAGGGCAAGGGUGCCGAGGCCAACGCCGAAGCAGACAAAGAGGCCUUCAAGGGGAAUGCUCCUGGUCUCGGUCUUAAAGAUCAACUCAAUGCCGGCAAAGAAUAUGUUGUUGACAAGAAAGAUCAGAAGUCCCACGAGGCUAAGGCUGAUGCCCAUGACGCUAAGGCUGAAGCCCGUUAA